GCCCGUCCCCGCGCCGCGCCCGUCCCCGCGCGCCCGCGCGCCCGCGGCUCAGAGCGGCUGCAGGCGGCUCGGCAGGGGCCCGGGACGAUGCAAGUCUCCAUCGCCUGCACCGAGCACAACCUCAAGAGCCGCAAUGGCGAGGAGCGGCUGCUGAACAAGCAGGGCUCGGCCCCCGUCAGCGCCGCCCGCGCCAAGUUCCGCACCGUGGCCAUCAUCGCGCGCAGCCUGGGCACCUUCACCCCGCAGCACCACAUUUCUCUCAAGGAGUCCACGGCCAAGCAGACUGGCAUGAAAUAUCGGAAUCUCGGCAAAUCGGGACUCAGAGUUUCUUGCUUGGGUCUUGGAACAUGGGUGACGUUCGGAGGCCAGAUCUCAGAUGAGGUGGCCGAGCGGCUGAUGACGAUCGCCUACGAGAGUGGAGUCAACCUCUUCGACACGGCUGAGGUGUACGCAGCGGGGAAGGCUGAAGUGAUCCUGGGAAGCAUCAUCAAGAAGAAAGGCUGGAGGAGGUCCAGCCUGGUCAUAACCACCAAACUGUACUGGGGCGGCAAGGCGGAGACCGAGCGGGGCCUGUCGAGGAAGCACAUCAUUGAAGGGUUGAAGGGCUCCCUGCACCGGCUGCAGCUCGAGUACGUGGAUGUGGUGUUUGCAAACCGGCCCGACAGCAACACGCCCAUGGAAGAGAUCGUCCGGGCCAUGACGCAUGUCAUCAACCAGGGCAUGGCCAUGUACUGGGGUACCUCCCGCUGGAGCGGCAUGGAGAUCAUGGAGGCGUACUCGGUGGCGAGGCAGUUCAACCUGAUCCCGCCGGUAUGCGAGCAGGCGGAGUACCACCUGUUCCAGAGGGAGAAGGUGGAAGUGCAGCUGCCGGAGCUCUACCACAAGAUAGGUGUAGGAGCCAUGACCUGGUCCCCAUUGGCCUGCGGCAUCAUCUCAGGGAAAUACGGCAACGGGGUGCCGGAAAGCUCCAGGGCGUCCCUCAAGUGCUACCAGUGGCUGAAGGAGCGCAUCGUGAGCGAGGAGGGCAGGAAGCAGCAGAGCAAGCUCCAGGAGCUCGCCCCCAUCGCUGAGCGGCUGGGCUGCACCCUGCCCCAGCUGGCCGUGGCCUGGUGCCUGCGGAACGAAGGUGUGAGCUCCGUGCUCCUGGGCGCGUCCAGCCCGGAACAGCUGGUGGAGAACCUGGGCGCCAUCCAGGUGCUGCCCAAGAUGAGCUCGCAGGUGGUGGCCGAGAUGGACGGCGUCCUGCGGAACAAGCCCUACGGCAGGAAGGACUACCGCUCCUAGCUCGAGCCAUGCGCACCCUUCCUGCUUUGCUGUCCCCGGCCGGGCACCCCAGCCCCAGGCACCUUCUAAG